AUGAAGGCAGAUCGAAAACGUUUGAAAGCAGAGAAGACAGACCUGGUAAGCCAAAUGCAACAGCUCUAUGCCACGCUGGAGAGCCGGGAGGAACAGCUACGUGACUUCAUCAGGAACUACGAGCAACACAGAAAAGAGAGCGAGGAUGCGGUGAAAGCACUUGCAAAAGAAAAGGAUCUCCUGGAGCGAGAGAAGUGGGAGCUACGCCGACAAGCCAAAGAGGCGACAGACCACGCCAGCGCGCUUCGCUCCCAGAUGGACCUGAAAGACAACAGAAUGAAGGAACUGGAAGCCGAACUAGCCAUGGCCAAGCAGUCCUUAGCCACGUUAACCAAGGAUGUCCCCAAGCGUCAUUCGUUAGCCAUGCCAGGCGAGACCGUGUUGAAUGGGAAUCAGGAGUGGGUGAUGCAGGCAGAUCUCCCGCUCACGGCUGCUAUCCGGCAGAGCCAGCAGACCCUUUACCAUGCGCACCCUCAGCAUUCAGCAGACCGGCAAGCUGUCAGAGUGAGUCCGUGCCAUUCACGGCAGCCUUCCAUAAUCUCCGAUGCGUCGGCAGCAGAAGGCGAUAGGUCAUCGACUCCAAGUGACAUCAACUCGCCCCGGCAUCGGACACAUUCCCUCUGCAAUGGGGAUAGUCCUGGACCGGUACAGAAGAACUUGCACAACCCAAUUGUACAGUCUCUAGAGGACCUCGAAGACCAAAAACGAAAAAAGAAGAAAGAGAAGAUGGGAUUUGGUUCCAUCUCCAGAGUAUUUGCCAGAGGGAAGCAGCGGAAAUCUCUAGACCCGGGCCUCUUUGAUGAUUCCGACAGUCUUUCCAGCCCAACCCGCCUAAGCCUCAGUCUGUCCGAAGGGGAGGAACAGGUGGACCGGCUGCAGCAGGUGGAGCUGGUCCGCACCACACCCAUGUCCCACUGGAAGGCAGGCACCGUGCAGGCGUGGCUGGAGGUGGUCAUGGCUAUGCCCAUGUAUGUCAAAGCCUGUGCGGAGAACGUCAAGAGCGGGAAGCAGAUGUUGCUCAGUUUGAGUGAUGAAGAUCUGGCAACAGGGCUGGGCGUCUGUAGCUCCCUUCACCGCCGCAAACUCAGGCUGGCAAUAGAGGAUUACAGGGAUGCAGAAGCAGGCAAAUGCUUGUCUAAAGCCUCUGAACUGGAUCACCACUGGGUAGCCAAGGCCUGGCUGAAUGAUAUUGGGCUGUCUCAGUAUUCCCAGGCUUUCCAAAAUCACCUCGUGGAUGGAAGGAUGCUGAACUCGCUGAUGAAACGAGACUUGGAGAAGUACCUUAAUGUGUCUAAAAAGUUCCACCAGGUCAGCAUAUUGCUGGGAAUAGAGCUGCUUUUUCAAGUCAACUUCAGCAAAGAGGUUCUGCAAGAACGGCGGGCUCGCUGUGAGACCCAGAAUGUUGAUCCGCUUGUCUGGACAAAUCAACGGGUGCUCAAGUGGGUGCGGGACAUUGACCUGAAGGAGUAUGCGGAUAACCUGAUGAACAGUGGCGUGCAUGGGGCUGUGCUGAUGCUGGAGCCCACGUUCAAUGCAGAAGCCAUGGCCACAGCUCUGGGCAUCCCAAACAGCAAGCAUAUCCUGAGGCGGCACCUGGCAGAGGAGAUGAACGCCAUCGUUAACCCAGACAACCCUACAGGUGUUCUAGAGAGCGACCGGUAUGGAAUGUCGACUCUCCUCAAACAGGGUUCGCUCAGGCGCUCCUCCAGCGCUACCAGGCAGAACAAGGAGGAGGGGAACAGCUUAAAAUGCAAAGCAAGCAGGCUUCCCCUGGGGAAAAUUGGAAGGGGAUUCAGCGGAAAAGACGCUGAUUUCCAUGACGACUAUGGAUCUCUCAAAAACGAAGAGUGCUGUGAGGAUAUGAAGCUAAGUAGGCCAGAGCAGUGCCGCUUGGAACGCUUUGGCAGCCUGGAAGUCACCAAUGUGUAAUGAAUUGGAUUGUUCAGGCAAGACAGGACUCACUGAAAUCAACGGUGACAUUGUGGCCAGCAAAUGGGAAAGAAAUCUGAAGAGAAUGAAUGAAACGCAGACUUCUUUGGUUGUACAUAUUGUAGCCAUUGCGAGAGGAAACUCUGUUCAGACCUAACACGGUGGCGUGUCUUUGUUUAAAGUGUCUGUCUUGUGUUCAUGCUGGGAGACCCAGAUAAAUCCAGUACCGAUUCCCUAUAGUAAAAGAUUUCCAGAAAAUUUUCAGAGAUGAACCUGGGCCCACAGUGAAAUGAUAGCAAUGUUCACCCAAUGACCUGACCGAUCCAUUCUUCUCUCUGGAUGGGCCCCCCACAAACACAAAAUGCACUCAUGGGAUGAUUGUGGGGACCUGGGACUGCCAGCUUGAAUGGGGCAGGACAGACCAGCCCCGGUGAGAUUGCUUCCAGCUGUCAUGACCCAGCAUCAGCCCACCAGGUUUGUCUAUUGCUUUGACGUCGCACAGGGGAGGAAGGAUAAAAAGAGAGAGGAAACAUGAGAAGGAAGAGAAAUUAGGUGACUGAAAAUCAACACGUACUUUGGAACAGGGUGGGGAGACUGGAAAGCUCUGGCCCUUUGGGGCACCCUCAGUGCUGUCGCUGACCCUCAUUGUGUAAAGUGGUGAACAUCCGCUGGAGUGCUGCAGGAGAUCAGUGGGAAAUGAGGCCGUGAAACGCCUCCCGCUCAGAAUCUUGAAGGAUCAGGCCCUUUCAUUGGUCUCCAGUGCAUAGAUCCCAUUGUGAGCUGUGCUUUAGAAAUACCAUGGAUAGACAGUAAUGUCAGGCAGGGGCAGUACUUCCUCAUCUGCAGUCACUUCAACAUUGUGCAGCAAGAGAUCAAAAACCUGACUCACCUUUCAGCCUCUGGGGCACUCACAGCUUCCAAAAUUGACAGAUAGCAUCUGUAGGAGCAGCCCUGCUCUUUCAGCUUGCAGUCUCAUGUGCUUUCACCAACAUGGGCAAGCUUUCAAUGUCUGGGUGGGAUACCUGCUAGAAAGUACCUGCUGCUACCAGAAGCGAUGCUGGCGAUUCCGUAGGUGACAUUCUUCCCUGUGAGUCAGUCCUGAGCCAGUGCCCCAGGAUGGCGUUAAGGAGAAUAUGCUGUUGGAGGUGUCCUUGCUUGGAUUAAAACUGUGGAUAGAUGAGCUCCUGCCCCACUGAAGAGCUCAGAGAGCUUUUUGCAAAGCUAAGCAGUGUGUUGGUCCUGACAUCUUGACCAAAUUCAAACCUUGGUACAUACAUUCUGCCUAGCUUCUUAUAAUAGUUCCCUUUCCUCCCUAUGAAUGAUUGUUUAGCGUGUCUGACAUAGGCUGGGUGCUGUCUUCCUCCCCAGAAGUGGAUGCAUUUCAGCAGUGGCCGAGCAGUCCAUUUGCUGCAGUCUGUAAAGCACUUUGGGGACUUUCUGGCUCAAUGGUUCUGUAUUAUUAUCAGUGUGGUCUUACUGUGGUACGAUUAUUGCUAUAAAUUCCUGGGCACAAAGGAUGUUUCCGUUUAUUUAUUAGAAGUAAUGGGAGCUCAUCGGGGCCCUAGGUUCUAAGUAAAUGUUGGGUUUGCUUUAGGCAUAAAGGCCUUGCGCCAGCUCUGCCAGUUUCCACCAUCUGAGGAUCAGGUCCAGUACAGUCAAGUGGCACACUAAGAGAUCCACAAAGAGGAAAGAUCAAUUUUACUCUUUUAAGGCCACAGAAUAGAUGUCAGACAAGCCCUUUGGAAAACUGAGAUGAAGAGAUUCCCCAGGCCUGCAAGGUUCAGUAGCAUGAAUGGCAAAAAAGGAAACGCGGAAGGGGAAAAGAUCAGGCAAGCAUAAUAUGAAACUCAAGUCUCUAUCCAGAGGAGAACAUCACUUACAACUAGGGUGACUAGAUGUCCCGAUUUUAUAGGGACAGUCCCAAUUUUUUGGGUCUUUUUCUUAUAUAGGAUCCUAUUACCCCCACCCCUGUCCCGAUUUUUCACAUUUGCUGUCUGGUCACUCUACUCACAACACGUAUUUUCUGCUUCAUUCUUUUCCUCCGUCUCUUUUUUCUUUUCCUCUUGGGUAUUGAGUGGGACAAACAAGUAUUUAGAAAAAGGAAUGUUAAAUAUACUGGGUUAAAUUCUGAUCUCACUUACAGACAGGUAGCUCCACUGUCCUGGGUACCCAGCAUCUCUGAAAAUUAGGCAACUUAGAUGCCUGAAUAUGGAUUUAGGAGCAAUCAGUUAGCAUGCUAGAGGCUGCAUCUGCUAGGCACAUAUGUGCCUAACUCCCAUUGAAUCAACGAGAGUUAGUUAGGUUCCUACCUGCAUCCUUAGGCACCAAAACAGCUUUAAAAAUCUGGCCCAUAGGCCCUAAUUCAGCCUGGUAUUUGAGCAUGUGACUAAUUUCAAGCAUGUGAACAAUCCCGUUGAUUUCAAUGGGACCACUUGUGUGCUUAAAGUGAGGUACCUGCUUAAGUACUGAGCUCUUAAGUGGCACAUAAAUCUUGUGUGUGUUCUCUGCACAGGGGUGAAUGUCACAUUCAAGGACCAAUCCUGCAGCUGGUCCAUGGGCAUAAUGGCUGCAGAAAGCAUAUUUGAGUUGAUCCAAAGCUCCUGGAAGUCAAUGGAAAGACCCACAUUCUCAGCUGGCUUUGCCUCAGACUCCCACACAAUUCCUUAACUAAGAGCCUGAUCUAAAGCUUAUUAAAACCAACGUGAGUUUUCCAUUGACAUUACUGGGUUUCGGAUCAGGCCCUUACAUUUUAGUCAGACCUAAGACUUACUGAAUUCUGUAGGAAAAUCAGUUGUCCAAAUGCCAGUUUUGCAUCAAUGAGCCCCACUGACAACUGAAAGCAGCUGUUCAUUGAGCACUAGGAUACCGUUUACUGUUUCUCUAGGAAAGAACCGUGACGUGUGUAUCACGUGAAAGCUAUUUCAGUAUCAUUGGUUUAUUCAGUUGUUAAAUACCUUGUUUUAAUAACCACUGGAACUGUAUUGAAAAAGAGAUGGCGUAAAUGUUUGUAACCAAUUUCCUCCACAAAAGUGUAACCUCAAAAACCACUUCACCUACUCAAAAAACACUUCGCCUACUGAGUAACACACUAUCCUCUGUUCUAGUACAGUGGCAUCAAAUGUCACUUUGAAUGGCCCUUUUCUUUACCUGUUGAGAGCUCACCUGGGAGUCAUUUCCUUUGUUAGCAGCAAGGUGUUUUUCAUCACAUAUUUGAAUCCAGGAGCCCCAAAGAGAGACAAACCAGCCAUGGGCAAGGUCAACAGUGCGACUGAGUCAAAGACUUAAAAAUACUCAGCCACGGGAACUGUAAUAUAGAUGUAGGAGGAAAGGAGCUAUUUAGAUGCCAUGCAAAUGAAUCAGGAUAUAUCAGGCAGUUGUACUGCACCAGAGGGGAGGCAAGGAGAGGGAACAUAGGAAAGGCAGGACAACAGGCCAGAUUCUGCCCUCUGAUAUGUGCAUAUGAGUCCCACUGGUUUAAGGAAAGUGUUGAAGGGAGGAGAAAGCCACCGCCAAUGGGCAGCAGAGAGACAAGCAAGGAGAAGCAAAUCUGUUUUGAAAAGCAGAGUUAUGAGAGAGGUGAGAUCAAACAAACUGUCUGGGUAUGGAUAAAUCAAUCAUAUGUACAUACAGGAAUCAUGCCACCUGCCUCUGAAAUGCAGACAGCUUUGUGGUGAAAGGCAAGGGAUGUUUAACAGGAGAAUAUGACACCACUGAGUAGGAGAGGAAAUGCGAAAGUAUUGACAUAACCAUAUGCAGGGACAGAGCAUGUAAUCACCACACAGGAAUUUGGCAAGGAAAUUCUACUUAACAUUCUGGUAGACGCUUCUGUUAUUUCAUGUCUGCAACAGGCUGCAUCUCUUGCUUCUAUUUUUCAUCAGUACAGCCUCCUUUUCUUUCACUGUUACAGAAGUGAUACCAAGCUCAGUUCUUAACGUUCUCUUCUAAUCGUUACGGAGCUGACUUGCCCUUGGCCCUCUGCCUGUAAAACAUCCAACCUUGGAUGGUAUUCAGCUUUACAGAAUGGGAGCCCAACGGGAAACUGAGAGCACAAGGAGCUUAUUUAUGUACAUGAAACUCCACUCUUUGUUGCCAACCUUCAGAGUGCCUCUUGGGAAUUGCUAGGCAUUAAUCACACAUUUGGAAAGAUACCCAGUUAAAAAUUGAACCAGGCAGAAUCUGAAGUAUUAAUUAAGUGGCAUCUCCUGAAUGUUUUCAGUCCGACAUUUAAUGGUCACAUUUUUGACAGAGUAAAUAACAAUUUAAAUACAUAAGAUCACAAAACCAGUAACAUUAAUGUAAACAUAUAAAGUGUAUGUUGUGUCUUCCUCUAGUGGCUAAUCCACAUAGAACAUAUAACAGCCCACUAUUGCUGCCAGCUACUGGAGUUACCCCUGUAGAUCAAGCAGGCUUGAGAUGACAGCCUUCACAAAUAUUGCAUAAGUGAUUAGGAGAGGAAAUGUGGAAGAACUGAUGUAGCUAUAUGCAGGGAGGUAAAUCAAGGUCUGAGUCUUAAUACUGAGAAUUCUGAGUAGAGCUCUGGGAAGAUGGAAGUUCCACUUUGUGAAGAAUUUUGAGAUCUCUAAAUUUAGCUUCAUUCCAAAAAGGAACAAAAACUGAAAAUUCUGAAAUUUUCUGUUAUGGAAAAUUCCAGGGGAAAAUAGUUUCAGGUCAAUCAAAAGAUUUCAUUUUGAUAAAUGGAAAUGUUUCCCUUCUAUUUUGACUUUUAUAGAUUUUUGACUAUUAUAUAAUAAAAUGCAAAAUAAAAUAAAAAAUCUAAACAAAGUAAUUUCAAAACAAAAAUUGAAAUCUUUCAUUCCAAAAAAGUCAAACCCAGAAAUUAUGACAUUGUCAGAACUAUUUUCCCUGUUUUCUCCUUAAACAAAAUUCCAGAAGAAUUGACCCAGUUUCCCAAAAUGUUUCAAUUUUGAUGGAACUGCAUAGUCUUAAAGAAUAUGGUUCCAUCAAAGUUUCUCUGACCAGCUCUAGUUCUGAGUUCAGAUCCUGGGGUUGGCCAGUGGUGGCGUUUGUUACUAAAGCUAAUUGAAAAAUAGUUGUAGAACAGGUGGAGAAAGGCUUGCUUAACGAGACUGGACUUCCAAAGUGCUGUGCAUGGAGGCUUUCAUACCCCCACUCCAAGAAGACAUCCACAUGACCAGUGCUCAAGAUAAAAAAAUGUUGCUCACACCAAACAUCCUUAAGUGAUUUCCCCAGUCCGAGGGCUGCCAUCUUGAAAUCAUAACAUAACACAACCACCCAGAGUGGAGAAACAAGGAGUGGGGUAUAGUCCUGUACUUCCUGCAGUCCUUAACUCAUGACAGGUCUCCCACUGAAGCUGGAGUUACAGAGGGUUAUUUGCAUGUACCCAUGCAAAUAAAGCCCUUAAUUUGGAUGGGCAUUGUGGACUUUCACCAAAUCAACAGAGGGAGUGUUGCCUGCUCUGUCUUUCUGCCAAAAAUAUUGCUUGCCGAUUCAUGCUAAGAGUAAUUUAAGGCAUUAUCCCUGGGAACCAGCCCCUGAAAUUGGAAGUGACCCAGAUCCACCAGUGAGUCAGAGGCCGCCUGGUGCAAGGCUGAUGGCUCAUGGUUACAUGCUGGGUUGGGCUGGGCUUGUCUCAUUUGGGAAGAAGAUUAAGAACUGGGAGUGAGACGAAGGCAAGAGCUCAUAGCUCCAUGUAGACGAAUUUGUCUAGGUGACCCUGUGGAACACACAAUGAACUAUUUUCACCUCUACUGGGGAGAGGUAGAGGGGAUGGAAUUUGGGUUUUGUAUUCACAAGAAACUUCUGUCUGACUUAGGUAACAAGUAAAACUGAGCUCCUAAGGAAGAGCAGCGGACAUGUCUUGUCUGAGGAGACUACAGAUCUUCUUCACCCUCCAGCAAGAAAAGAUGUACUGAAAACUCAGCCCCAGCAGAUUCUGGAUCCUUAGAUAUAAUUUGUGAGCCCAUUGGAGUCAGUGGAAUUUCAGUGGAGUUAGGAUUGAGGCCCUUAAUAUCUAACAGCUGUAUGAUGCCACUAAAUCAAAUCCUUAAUAACUGCAGGAUAGAUGGCCUAAAGUCUCUGGAAGAAAGCACUACCUCUAGACAUGAGGAAACGUGGCAACAAGAGUUGCCAUGCAUUUUAGUGUACAUGGAGACAUCCUGAUUGUAUAGUGCCAUGUGAGUUAAGUUCCAGCCCUCCCUGCAGGAACGGCAGUCAGGUAUGGCAAGCACCUGCAAAUGUGAAAGCCCUGAUUAAUAGACACAUGCCAGCCAAGGGGAGGUAAAACUGGACACACAGUCAUAAUCACUGCAGAGCGUGCCAAGUUGGUCAGCAUGAGGUAGGCACUUGCUGCUCGGCUCUUAGAUCCAACUGGUAUGUCUGUUCUACUGGGUUGCCUGCCAGUCACAAGCUGGAACAGUUUUGGGGCAAUGCUUCUCGUUUGGGCUUUGUAUUAUACUGCAGAUGAGUCAUAGAUAAAUGGCACCAGAACUGUGCAUGGAAAUUUCCCCCUCGUCCCCCGAACCAUUCCAACUAACUCUGAACAAGCCACAACACAGUGUUGUGCUACUAUAGAAAAAAUGCAGCUAUGACUUCAUCUAAUGGCAUUAUGUCACAUAAGGCACGUGUUCAUGCAAUGGUGGGAUCUGGUAGGUUUGUCCCUGGGUCUCUACGUGUCCAAAGGAUAUACACCUUGCGAACCACAGGAACACACGACCAUAAGGCCGUUGCAUUAGCUGCACAAAGACUUAGUAGAGGUAGAUUCCAAAGGAGUCAAGGUCAAUUAGCCACCGACUAGCACGUGCCCAUAGAGACAGAUGAGUACAGUGGGAGCAUUAAGGGAAAAAAGCAAAUUGCAAUUGUCUGAAGGGGCUAAAGUGUUCAGACAAUGGUCUAAGGGAAUGCAAAAUUGCAUUUGGAGCAAAAUCAACACGCUGUAAGUUUUCUUAGUUCAGUAAAAAGAAGAUGGUGCUGAUGAGAAAAGAAAAGAAAAUAUUGUCCCAGUCUAUUGUUUCAGGGUGAGACCUCUUUAAGGAAGUCAGGCAUAGCCCAGUGGCUCCCACCUAUGACUGACUAGCUGAAUCUCAAGUGAGGAGAUAAGGCCAACAAGCAGCUUACUUGGGGGCUGGGAGGGAGCUGUAUGGAGGGGAUUGCUGGAGAUUCUGGGUCAGAGAAAGUACCAGAAAGGGGCUUGUUACACUAGGUAGGGGACAGACCUGGCUAGUGACACCUGCUCGCUCAGUAGAAGCGGUCUUCUGAGGCAGUAGGUCUUAGGGGGGGCCAGGCAGCAGGACCUGGUUUACCUAGCUGAUUGAUAUUGGACUGUAUCUGAACAAUAAAUACAACUCUAGGAAAAGAGAAGGAAGUACGGUUAGUGGUGGAAAUUCCUUUGAUGCAGCUGGCUGGUAAGUUGGCCUGUGGGCUUACAUGAGUGUGGAGAAACUAAGGCAGCAGCAGGGUCUGAUGCUUAGUUUGGGGAGACCCUGUUACAGCUAUCUAGUACCUAUUAAGAUAACUUUACAUAUGUUACCAAAAUGGAUUGGUCCAUAUGAAAUCUCCAGACUAAUAAGGAGCUAAGUUUAAGUAAACUUUUAACAGUAAUAAAAUGCAAGUUUUUUAAAUGCACGAAUAGCAAUGUCAUAGAUAAUGGUGGCAAGGGGGCUAGAUCCUCACCCUGUGUAGACCGUAAUAGCUCCAUCUGAAGAGCUGGUAUAUGCCUUUUAACCAAUACAGCUAGUCACUUACUGUGACCUCCUAUUGUUAUGUAUUAUUUUGUUAUAGCGGGUACCAUCCUGGUUCACUAGCCUGAGCAAAGGCUUGGGAGUCAGGGGAGCUGUGUUCUGUUUUAAAUGCUUCCGCAGAUUCACUGUGUGAUGCUAGGCAAGUUAUGUAACCUCUCUGUGCCUCAACUUUCACACCUGAAAAAUGGGUAUAACAAUGCUUGUGUAUUUUUUUAAAAUACAUAUGCAGUAUUGUUGUAGCUGUGUCAGUCCCAGGAUAUUAGAGAGACAAG